CCUGCACGCGUGGGUGAGAGCGUCUCGGCCCGCUGCAGCUGCAGACCGCGCCACAGUGGUCGCCUCGCUUUCAACCCCAGACCACAGCUAUUGGACCGUUGGCCUGGCCCACCGCCGUAGCUGCUGCUGAUUCCUUCAAGAAAGGAGCGUCCCGCCUGCACGCCAACUCGCUGGUUGCUUUUUCGGGACCGACGGUGGUGAGCGAGAACUUCAUGGAAUCGCCCUAUAUUCAACAUUUUUCCCACCCGUGCUCGCCCGAAUGGACGGAACUGUGCUGGCACUCGACACAGGAACACAAGGACUGGAGAGGUGAGGUUCCAGGGUUCCUCUUUCUGGAGCACUCUGGCUGCAGCAGGGACAGCGCUGAUGGAGCAGCUUUUACUCAUCCUGCGCCCAGCUCCCAUGACGCCACAGCAGCCCGUCGCCCAGCGGAGCGUCGAGGGGAGCCGCGCAAAGAACGCACCGCCUUCAGCCGCAGCCAAGUGGAGACGCUCGAGGCGGAGUUCUCGCAGCGCAACUACCUGACCCGGCUGCGGCGCUACGAGAUUGCCCUGGCCCUGGACCUCACCGAACGGCAGGUCAAGAUAUGGUUCCAGAACCGGCGCAUGAAGUGCAAGCGCAGCCGGACCGCACUAAAGGCGGAGUGGGCGCCUAGUCCGUCUGUACCGAAGAGUCCUUUCCUUCUGCAGGCUGACGCAGAUCAAAAGAAAGUCCUCCCAGCGGGCUGUGCUGAAGCUUCCGAACCCAACUGCGUCAACUAAUUACAGGACUAUUUAAAGCUUAUUCUUUUUUCUGCGUCA